AUUGAAUCUUGUCGGAUAAUAUUUUCCGUAUCAUUAUUUCUCUCAUUGUGGAUUCCUCUCUGGCUACAAUAGUCACUUUGAACAACAUGCUCUUGCAUUGACAGCAGGUCAUAACGGUAUUGUGUGUUGUUCUUAAAAUUAUAAUUCUAUAUUGCGCCAAAUUUGCACGUGAUUCAUAAUGUUGUCAUGGAAAAUAUGAAUGUUGUUAACUUAAAUGCUCAUAUUGAACGUUGAGAUGGCCAAAGACACUGGCCUUUCGGCAAUGACAAGGAGUAGCAAGGUUGAAAUGUUAGCUAAAGGCUACUGGCCUAUGGCUGGUGACGUGAACGGGCAAAAGCGGGGAGAGAUGAGCGCCACAUGGUGCAUCGUCCACAAACAUACAACAUCGCUUUUCCAUUCAAUAUAUGUUUGAAUAUAUGUGAAAACACAGAAUCCUACUCAUUACUCCACGUGUUAAUUACAUCACUUUUAUUUGGAGUAGACUUCGCUUUGAAUGGGGCACCCGGCUCACACCCGGGAGCAGCCCUCUUCCAAAACGAAUGGAAUCAAAUUUCAACCGGUUCAAAUCACACCUGACACGGGCGCCCAGGCCAGGUUCAUCGAAUCCCCUCCUUAUUGACCACGCGUACACGGUUCAUGCAUGAGCACCAAUAACAUUAACUGCAUCUUUUGAAAUAACCAAUAGUAUGACCCCUUUUUUAAAUUUUAAAAUAUGACGCGUGGUUCAAGUAACCAAUAGCCUGUCUAGAAAUUCGUUUUUUUUUUUUUUAAGCAACGCUCUGAUCAACCGUUAGUUACAGAAAAGACAACGAUCGGUUUGGUGGUUGAUAGAUUUAGCAACCAUUUAAUUAAAUAUUUUCACGACUAUUUAUCGUCACAUAUAGUACAAUGAGGGAAAUUGUUCACCUACAAGCGGGUCAAUGUGGAAAUCAGAUCGGCGCCAAGUUUUGGGAGGUGAUUAGUGAUGAGCAUGGAAUAGAUCCAACUGGGACAUACCAUGGGGACAGCGACCUUCAGCUGGAGAGAAUAAAUGUCUACUACAAUGAAGCAACUGGAGGAAAAUAUGUCCCCAGAGCCAUCCUGGUGGAUCUGGAACCCGGCACCAUGGAUUCAGUUCGGUCUGGACCAUUUGGACAAAUAUUUAGGCCAGAUAACUUUGUCUUUGGGCAGAGUGGUGCUGGUAACAACUGGGCUAAAGGCCACUACACAGAGGGAGCAGAGCUGGUGGACUCUGUUCUGGAUGUGGUGAGGAAAGAGGCGGAGAGCUGUGACUGUCUACAGGGAUUCCAACUCACUCACUCCCUGGGUGGAGGCACAGGAUCUGGCAUGGGAACUCUACUGAUCAGCAAAAUCCGUGAAGAAUACCCAGACCGAAUCAUGAACACCUUUAGCGUAGUGCCCUCGCCCAAAGUAUCGGACACUGUUGUUGAGCCUUACAACGCUACCCUCUCCGUUCACCAGCUUGUAGAGAACACCGAUGAAACCUAUUGCAUAGACAAUGAAGCCUUGUAUGACAUCUGCUUCCGUACCCUGAAGCUGACCACCCCAACAUAUGGUGAUCUAAACCACCUGGUGUCAGCCACCAUGAGUGGAGUCACUACCUGCCUGAGGUUCCCUGGCCAGCUGAAUGCUGACCUGCGUAAGCUAGCCGUCAACAUGGUCCCCUUCCCCCGCCUGCACUUCUUCAUGCCUGGCUUUGCCCCCCUCACCAGCAGAGGCAGCCAGCAGUACCGUGCCCUGACUGUCCCCGAGCUCACCCAGCAGAUGUUUGAUGCUAAGAACAUGAUGGCCGCCUGCGACCCCCGCCACGGUCGUUACCUCACCGUGGCCGCCAUCUUCCGAGGCCGCAUGUCCAUGAAGGAGGUGGACGAGCAGAUGCUGAACGUGCAGAACAAGAACAGCAGCUACUUUGUGGAAUGGAUCCCCAACAACGUGAAGACGGCCGUCUGCGACAUCCCUCCCCGCGGCCUCAAGAUGGCCGCCACCUUCAUCGGCAACAGCACGGCCAUCCAGGAGCUGUUCAAGCGUAUCUCUGAGCAGUUCACCGCCAUGUUCCGCCGCAAGGCCUUCCUUCACUGGUACACCGGGGAGGGCAUGGACGAGAUGGAGUUCACCGAGGCCGAGAGCAACAUGAACGACCUGGUGUCUGAGUACCAACAGUACCAGGACGCCACUGCUGAGGAGGAGGGAGAGUUUGAAGAGGAGGGAGAGGAGGAUAUGGGCUGAAUACUGACUAGGUCCCCCCCGAUCCCUUGGUUCCUCCCCCCUAUCCCUUGGUUCCUCCCCCUUAUCCCUUGGUUCCUCCCCCCUAUCCCUUGGUUCCUCCCCCUUAUCCCUUGGUUCCUUAUCCCUUGGUCCCCCCCCCC